AGAAAAAUAACGCCUAUGUCCUGCAGAGCGGCCGAUUGUCGCUGCUGACCUAAUUAUUCAGCGUAUGUGGACUUGACUGUAACUUGGUGGAUGUGGUAUUCUCGUAGGGCAGCCAGUAUGUGACUUGACUGUAGAGCCCCACCCUCAGUUUAAAACAGAAAGCACCGAGGAAGCUGUGGUGAAAGAAGCUCCACCUAACAGACUUAGAGAUUUGAGUUUUGGUGAUACCUCUGUCUUUGUCCACCAUGAGCACUCCGGCCGCUGACAGCAAACCUGGUCCAGCAGAAAGUGAGCAGAAGAAGGAGCCGUUGAGGAUCAUGCUUCUUGGAAAAUGUGGUGCAGGCAAGAGCUCGAGUGGGAACACCAUCCUCAAUAAAAUGGUGUUCAGGUCAGAGAUGAAGCUGGUCAGCGUCACUGUUCACUGUGAAAAAGAGUCCGGGGUGGUUGGAGAUAUACCUGUCGAUGUGAUUGACACACCUGGGCUUUUCGAGAAGGGAAGCAACAACGAGGACAUCAUCCGAGAGAUUCUUCAACGUCUGAAACUCCAGGAACCAGGACCCCACGUCUUUGCAUAUGUUGUUCCUUUAGGAAGGCUGACUCAGGAAGACCAAGACACCCACACGCUGAUCGAAGCAAAGUUUGGCCCAAGAGUGUGGGACUACACCAUCGUGCUGUUCACCCACGGCGAUCGCCUGGAAGACAACAAAAUAAACAUCAUUAAUGAGAGUGACGAGAACCUCCGCAACUUCAUACGCAAGUGUAGCGGUGGCUUCCACGUCUUCAACAACAAAACCCCGGAGGACCAGAAGCAGGUCACAACUUUUAUGGAGAAGAUCAAGACUCUGGUGACCCUGAAUGGAGGUAGUUACUACAAGACAGAGCUGUAUCCUGAGAAGGAGAGGAAAAUCAGAAAAAGACAGGAAAGCAUCCUUAAAGAGAGACAAGAAGAAAUCAGCAAAAAGGAGGAAAAUCUGAGGGAGCAUUACAAGGAUGAAGACCUAAAGAAGAAAAAGACAAACCUGUGGAGACAAGAGGAGGAAAGGGCAAGAAAAGACGCAGAGGGGGAGUUGUGCAGCAAGUCCUACAUCAUGAAGAGCAUCCUGUUACUGGCUGUAUUGUGUCUACUGUUAUGUUGGGAUCUUGGGGUAGCAGCUAAAUGGCUUUGUGGAAUAGGAAUCAUUUUAAUUGUGCUGUCUUUUAAGAUAUUUCCAAUUAUUCCAGGAAAAAUACCAGGUCUUACUAAGAAAAAGAAAUAGAUGAGCUUUUACUUUGUUAGUGAUUUAUCAUUCAAAUGUGUGACAGAUGAUAUAUCUAACUGAUUUAAUUACUUUUUCAAUCACUUUUUCUUCCCAACUUUCUCAUACAAUUACAACUUUUAUAAUUUUCAUACAAAUUUGUCUGUCCAUAAUUAGAAAAUAUUGUCAUCUGAUAUCACGUCAUUAAUCUCAUAUUUAAUCAGAUAACAGAACUGUAAAAAUGCUAAUGAAAACAAUAUUUAAAGUACUACACAAAAGUCUCGGCCUGCAACUUUUUCUUUAUAUUUUACUAGGAAAAAAAGUAGAUGCAAGGAUUUGUGGAAAUAUACCUGGAAAUACAUUACAGAGUUUGAAAAUGCUAACGAGUUUGAAAAUUAAUAUUUGGUACGACCACCUUUAUUCUUCGACACAGUCUGAACUCUCUUGUGCAGCUUUGUUCUCAUUUCUUUAAGUAGUCUUCAGGAAUAGUUCUGCAGGCUUCUUGAAGAAUAUUUAAAGCUGUCUUUGGAUGCUGACUGCUUUUUGUUCUGCCCUCUGUGAAGAUGAUCUCACACUGCUUCAGUGAUGUUGAGGUCCAGACUCUGGGGAGGUGAGUCCAUGACUGAUAGUGUUUUAUUGAGUUUUUCUAUCCGGGUAUGCUUUUUCUGGCUAUACUUUUAUGCAAGUAGUGGCUGAAUAUAAACUUACAGUGUGCACAAGUGCUCAAUAAGUCGCCCCGUGGAUACACAGCAUAUGUCAAACUCAUCCCAUGAGCAUGUCUGGAGUCACUGCAGCAAGUAUGUGUUUCUUUAGGUGAAUGAUUGUGGAAUUAAAGCAUUUUGAAAUUGGAUGCUGGUCUGGAGGUGGGCAUAUUAAGCACUUGUCAACAUUGUAAAUUUUGUGUAUAUAACUUUACAUUCGCCGAUGCAUUUUAAAAUUUACUGCAAGUUUCUAUAUCUAUUAGCUAAAAGAAUAUAUAGCCUUCUGAAAUGAGAUGAUUCUUUUUGAUACACCAUGGGCUUUUUUGCCUGUGAUUUGAUCAGAUUUCAUGGGCAGCUAUCAAACACCCCAACAUCUGUUGGGGUGUUUGAUAGCUCAUCAAAUGUUGCUAAAUUCUGACUCUGGCUGUUGAAACUAACCCCCGCAUACAUCAAACCAAUGACAAGAGGGAAAACAGAAAUGUCGAAAAUCUCUCAUUAGAAAUUACAGAUACAGAAAAUGCAGUUUUCAGGGUCUGUAAAUACAGUUGUGGUCAUAAGUUUACAUCCACUCAUCAACCUACACAGGAUCAAACAUUACAUACGGGCUCAAAUAUUUACACACACCCCCACUAAUGUCCCUUUGCAACUUGCACCUCGACCAGCCAUCAACAAGCUUCUGACAUAAUUCUGGCUGAAUAUUUGACCAGUCUUCUUGGCAGAAUUGGUAGAAUUCAUUUAAAGUGGUUGGUUUUGUGGCCCAGACUCAGCUUCUAAGUGUUGUCCACAGAUGUUCAGCAGGGUUGAGGUCGGGGCUUUGGGAAGGUCAUUCCAGAAGCUUAAUGUUUGUCUACUCUAUCUAUUCCAAAACCAGUUUAUCCGUGUGUCUGGGAUCAUUGUCCAGUUGGAACACCCAACUGGGCCCAAGUUUCAACUGUAUGUUCAAACUUGGACAGAACUGGACAUUCUAUUUUCAAGUUUUACCUCAAAUCCUGAUUUACCCCUGGUAGCAAAACAGCCCCAGAGCAUGAAUCUACCAGCACUAUGCUUGACAGCUAGCACAGUGUUCUUAGAUUUCAAAGCCUCACCUUUACUCCUCCAAACAUACCUGAUUGUGGCUCAAUCUUUGUCUCGUCUGGCAACAAAACUUUUCUCCAGAAGACAUUUGGCUUGUCCAUGUGGGCAGCUGCAAAUUUCAGAUAAGCUUGAAGGUGCUGAUUUUUGACCAGAUGCUUUUAUCUUGGUCAGCACCCUCUCAGUCCAUGGCAAUGUAAAACUUGUUUCACUGUGGACAGUGAUGCCGGUUUUCCACCGGAUUCCAUGGCACGUGUGAGCACUGGUUGUUCCUGGGUUGUUCCUAAACAUCCUGACCACUCGUCUCUCAUUUGAGGGUGAGAGUUUGGGUCUUUUUCAAGACCUUAGCAAAGUGCUGACACAUCCAAAUAACUUUCACUUAUGUACAGUAUUUGGUAUCUGUACAUAACUGUCUUGUAUUGUUCAAACCAGUGAGUGCUAUCAAACAAAUCCUUUUUAUGAUGGCAAAGGGAAACUACCAGUUAUAGUCAAUCACUAAUAGCCUUGUCAAGUUUAAGGGCUUUAUAGAAUUUUCACUUAUUAAAAUAAUUAAUUGAGUAUAUUUAUAUAUUUGCACCUGUAUGUUUACUACUGACUGUGUGUUUUAGAUGUUUUAGAUAAAAUCCAAAAUAAAUUCAAACUUGCUGCCGUACAGUAAAUCUACCCUGGAAAAAGAGCAGUUUAAAGAAAUCAUUAAAAUUCCAGAAUUACCAGGAUAUUCACGCCCAUGAUGAGUGGAUCUAAACGUUUUACAACAACUGUAUGUAUAUAAGAUUUAUCCCAGUUUAACCCAUUUAUCUUACAUAUGAAGUGACACCACAAGUCGC